GAUAGUAUUCAAGUAUGUCCAGUCCUAUCCUCCCAUUCACAGAAGCCAACUCUAAAAGAGUUGCCUCAUUAUUCAGACAAGCCUUGAGAACUGCAUUCGAUAGCACCCUUAAAUUCGACGCUUACAGAGCCCAAACUCUCAAAAUAAGACAACAAUUCGAGGCUAAUAAACAUAUCAGUGAUCCAGUUGAAUUAGAAAAAGUCAUUGCCAAAACAGAAGCUAAGUUGACUGAAACAAAACACCCAGAUCCUUAUAUUACUCCUUGUAGACCAGGGGGUACCAAAUACCAAAGAAAUAUUGAACUUCCUAAAGAAGAUGUUGUUCCUGGUGAUUGGUAAAUUCAGUUAGAAGUUUUUCAAUAUCAUGAUAUAGUAUAAUUCCAAUCAUUUUUGAAAAUCCUGCAAAUAUCUAUUAUGUCACAAAUCCUUUGAAAUUAUUCCAACUCAUUUUCCU